CUGACAUUUUGCCCAAUAUCACCCUGGGAUAUAUGGUGUGUAAUACAUGGGCUCUAGAAGGAAGAUCAAUGAGGUCUGUGAUGUCAAUACUGUCAGGAGGAAGAGAAUUAGUUCCUAAUUAUGAGUGUGAGCCGAGGGGAGUCCUGGCUGGUUUCAUUGGAGAUUUGACAUCUGACUCUUCCUUCAUAACGUCCCACCUCACUGGCUUGUACCAUUACCCUCAGAUCAGCUAUGGAGCCACAGAUGUCAUGUUCACUGACAGAUCGAGGUUCCCAUACUUCUACCGAGUGGUCCCUAAUGAAGGAUAUAUCCAUCGAGCUCUCAUUCAGCUGCUGAAGCACUUUGGUUGGACCUGGGUGGGAGUCAUAAUAUCAGAUAGUGAGAGUGAUUAUAUAAAGAGAGAACUAAUAGACCUGAUUACAAGCAAUGGGAUGUGUGUGGAAUUUGUUUAUGAAUUAGAUUGGAAUCGAUGGGAAACAGUCAGUUGGGAACGUAUAAUCCUAAAAUCAACUGCCAGAGUUAUUAUAAUCUGCGUUUCCAAAGAAAAGCUAUUCGAAGUAUUGGCCUUUACACAUGGAAAUUCUAAUUUAAAAAGACUAUGGAUUAUGACAGUCACAUCAUUAUAUGUUGAUAUUUUAGAUUAUGACCUUGCAGAAAUCUUGAAUGGAAGUUUGAUUUUUCUACUUUCUGCUGGUGACAUUGCCGGAUUUCAUGACUUCCUCCUUAGUGUAAACCCUGAUCAGUAUCCAGAAGAUCCCUACAUAUUCGCAAUCUGGUAUAUUGCAUUUAAUUGUAGCCUUUCUCAAACUCCUCAAAUGCAAAAUAAAACAUUGAAUAUAAUUAAAUUACCCAGUAAAGACAAUAUAACAAUGACAUGCUCUGGAAAUGAAAGUCUUGCAUCGGUUCUUCACUUUCAAGAGAUAGAUCUCAGAGUAUCAUACAGUGUGUACAAAGCUGUGUAUUUGUUGGCCCAUGCGCUACAUCUAUUACUCUCUCAUGGGGCACCUACAGACAAAGACCAACUGGAGAGCAAACUGAAUCCAUGGAAGCUGAAUCACUUGCUGAGAAACGUUCAUUUCACAUCUUCAUCAUCACAAGAAGAGAUUUACAUCAAUGAUGAAGGAGAAACUCAAGGACAAUAUGAUCUCAAAAACUUGGUCAUGUUCCCUAAUCAAAGCAGCCGUAUAAUGAGUGUGAUUGAGGUGGGAAGCUUCAACACGUUGACCCCUGAUCAGCUGAUUGUCAAUGACAGCGUCAUCUUGUGGCACCCAGAUUUUACAGAGGUUCCUCAGUCUGUCUGCAGUGAAAGUUGUAUCCCAGGAUACCAAAAAAAAUCCAGAGAAGUACAGUUUUCCUGCUGUUAUGACUGUGUGCCCUGCGCAGAAGGACAUAUCUCCAACACAACAGAUAUGGAAACCUGUAUCCAAUGCCCAGAAGGUCAGUGGCCCAAUGACAAUAGAACUGUUUGCAUCCAGAAAAUAAUAGAAUUCCUUUCAUAUGAAGAUCCAUUGGGACAGUCUCUGGCUGCAGUCUCAGUUUUCUUUAGUCUAAUUGUCACAUCAGUGGCUCUGCUUUUCAUAAAACAUCACAAAACUCCAGUGGUCAAGGCCAAUAACCAAACCAUGAGCUACACGCUCCUCCUCUCACUCACAUUGUCCUUCCUCUGCUGCUUCUUGUUCAUUGGGCGACCUCAGAAAGUCACCUGCCUGCUCAGACAAGUUACAUUUGGGAUCAAUUUUACACUUUCUGUCUCUUGUGUCCUGGCUAAAACGGUCACAGUUGUCAUUGCCUUUAAUGCCACAAAGCCUGGAAGCAAGAUAAAGAAAUGGGUGGGAACCAGAGUGUCCAUCUGGCUGGUCCUUCUCUGCUCACUGGUCCAGGUUGGGAUAUGCCUGGUCUGGCUGAUCUCCUCCCCACCAUUCCCAGACUAUGACACUCACACUUACACUGGGAAGAUGAUAUUACAAUGUAAUGAAGGUUCUGUCACUGCAUUCUACACUGUGAUUGGUUACAUGGGAUUCCUGUCUGCAUUAAGUUUCAUUGUUGCUUUCCUGGUUAGGAAGUUACCAGACAGUUUCAAUGAGGCCCAGCUGAUCACUUUCAGUAUGCUGGUGUUCUGCAGUGUUUGGGUGUCCUUCAUCCCAGCGUACCUGAGCACCAAGGGCAAAUACAUGGUGGCUGUGGAGAUCUUUGCUAUCCUGACUUCCAGUGCAGGGCUGCUGGGCUGUAUCUUCAUUCCCAAGUGCCACAUUAUCCUCUUCCACCCUCAGAAGAACACUCGGAGCUACAUAACUGGAAAACCCUUACAGUGAUUUAUUGCUAUCAUAAUUAUUAUAAA